UUUGAAUAGGUCUUGUAGAAAGAAGAUGGCUGCUACCUCAACAAUAUUAUUGAAAGUUCUGCUUGGCACCAUCCUGUUAAUAUCUUUUGUAGAUGCCAUUGCCUUGGGUAACCGUGAACCGUGGAACCUCUGGAGUUACGGGGGACGAGAACUGAAGAAACGUUCUACAGAAGUAGAAGUAGAAAAGGAGCUGACUGAGCUGGAGGUGAGAGGAAAGAAGAAGAAUAAACCAUUGUUGUCAAUACAAACCCAGGACGGUGGCAUGAUUUACGCUACUAACACCAGGAAGGUGGAUGUUACUGAUGCUGUUGCUCUGGAUGUGAUCUGUGGGAGGUGGGAGGUGUGUUCUAAAAUGGCGGAUGGUGAGAACUCCUGUAUUGACAUUGACUCUAUCUGUCCGUGCAGAAAAGAGGGCUCCACCAUGCAACCCACACCAAUCAACAAAGUCAAGCUCAUUAAAAAGAGGGAUUGCGAUUAAGAUGACAUUUAGAUUUAGAAGAAGAUCGUGGAUCUUGUAUUUUGUAGAAUGACCUUACUUUUUUCUGGAUAUUAUGCUGAUCUGUUAUCUUUUCUUAAAUUUUCUUAAAUUUGACUCCUUUAAAAAUUGAAUUACUUUAAUUUGUCAUGCAAAACCAUAUAAUGUUCACGAUAUUUCUUCAAAUUGCAUCCAAUCAUGA